AUGUCGGGAUUCAAACCCAUACCUGACAUUGGUGCUACAUACUACCCUGCACUGCAUGCCCAGCUGAGAGUCCCACUCCAGUCAGUGGACAACUUGGAUGAAGAGAAAGUUGCACACAAAUCAGUGAUUUCCCUCCAUCCCCCCUGGACCUCUGUCUUCCAAGGAGAGAGGGUGAAUCUGACUUGCAGGGGAUUUCACGUCAAUGUGACAGAGACAACGACAGGGUAUUGUUGGUACAAAAGACAAGAAAUACUACGUGAAACCACAGGAAACAACAUUGUUGUUAGUAAAUCUGGAGAGUACAGAUGCCGGGCCCCGGGCUCACUCAAAAGCAAUCCUGUGCGCUUGAUCUUUUCUUCAGAGUCCCUCAUCCUUCAAGCCCCACAUUCUGUGUUUGAAGGUGACACACUGAUUCUAAGAUGCCAGGGAAGGAAGGAUGUGAAGAUGAUUGCUGUUCAAUACACCUUCAAUGGAAAAGUUAUUUAUAAAUCAAAUAAGAGCUGGGAGCUUUUGAUACCACAAGCAAGUUUACGUAACAGUGGCUUUUACCAAUGCAUUGGAACUCUGCACGGAAACUCUAUAUUUAGAUCAAAUACAAAAAAUAUUCGAAUUCAAGAACUAUUCUCAAUCCCAACAUUGAAAGUCACACCCUCCCAGCCAACAGAAGGGAGUUCUGUAAAUUUGAGCUGUAAAACACAGCUUUCUCCAGAGCGGCAGGACACUCUCCUUCACUUCAGUUUCUUUAGAGAUGGUGGGGUCACCCUGUCAGGAUGGAGCAGGUCCCCAAAACUCCAGAUCACAACUGUCUGGAGCGAAGACUCAGGAGCAUAUCAGUGUGGUGCUAAAAUGCCGACCAGCAAUAUCUCCAAAUACAGCCGCCCACUCCAGGUCCACAUGCAGAGGGUCCCCGUGUCUGGUGUGCUCCUGGAGAUGCAGCCCCCGGGGGGGCAGGCAGUGGAAGGGCAGAAGCUGGUCCUCGUCUGCUCUGUGGCUGAAGGCACAGGGAACACUACGUUUUCCUGGUACAGAACGGACAGAGAUGAGAGUCUGGGCAGGAUGAGUCAGAGUUCCCAGAGAGCAGAGCUGGAGACUCGGGUUAUUGGGAAGAAUCAUGCAGGGGACUACUUCUGUACAGCUGACAAUGGUUACGGCCUCCUCCAGAGCAAGCCCGUGAACAUCACUGUGAGAGAAACUCCUGGGUAUAGAAGUGGCACAAUAGCUGCGGGAGUCACCGGGGCCCUACUGAGCAUUCUCCUGGCCACAGCCCUGUUGUUUCAUUGCUGGCCCUGCAGGAAAUCAGGAGAUGGUUUUCCGGAAGACAAUGUGAGGAUCCCUCCCACUCCAUGUGCAGGAGAGCCCCGUCAUCCCAUGUGCCCUGCCCCAGUGGAACUGCGGCUGUUAUACGUGCACUCCCAACAGGAAGAGAUGGCAUAUUCUGAGAUCCGUAUUAUUAAGCUGGGAGAAGAAGGGGAAGCUAGUGUCUCCAGAACAACACUAGAAGAUAUGAAUGCUCCAGUUGUCUACGCUGAGUUAAAGACACAACUCCCAGAUGAUUCAGCUGAAAAGGUCACCUCGAAGGAUGAAGAUGCCAUGGAAAGUUAUGAGAAUGUACUGCUGAUGUGACUGUCCUUGAUCCAAAGCCCCACAGUGCAAUCAUCCAGGUCCCUGGAGUGACCAACUAGUUCCAAAUUUCCAGUUCUUCUUGCCCACAUACAUUCACUCUCACGGCGGCUCACUCAUCCACUCAAGUGGAGCUAGAAUGGCCACAGAAAGGCUUCAUUAAAAUGACAGGGACCCAGGGUUAAGAGAAGAUCCUGUGAACCUGCUCUAAACCUAACCUAAUGUGUUCCCUGGAGUCUGAUUUGGGCAAAGGAACAAGGAGGGAGAAGGACUGUUGAAAAACAGAAGCACAAAUGUUGGUGAACUCGGAUUUACACACAGACAGAAAAGCCUGGGUGACUCUGGUUUCUUCUCAAUACAGCUACAAUGGUUGUCCCACUCAGGUGCCAUCUGAAUCAACUGGUUUAACUAUGAGUGGCUACACUUCACGCACAAUGCUAUGCCCUGUCUUCUUCCCACUUACUCUGUGUAUGCUGUCAGGAUUCACUUGCUGAC